AUGGCCUCCAGGGUGACAUACAGCGUGCCAAUCCUCCUGCUCCACUUCAUCCUCUUCUUCUCAAAUCGGAUCGUCGCCGUCGAAACACAAGAGAUCCUGCUGUAUUCGACGCCGGGGUCUCAGGGCAGCCGGCUGACAACGUACAUCAUCCAUGUUGAAGCUCCGCCGCCUCAUGUGGGAGGAGACCCCGAGGGUAGGGAGGCCUGGCACAGGUCCUUCUUGCCGGUCCACCUCCUGGACUCCGGCGAGCAGCGGCUGCUCUACUCGUACGAGCACGUCAUAACUGGCUUCGCCGUCAGAUUGACCGAGGAGGAGCUGGCAGUCGUAAGGGAGAUGGACGGUUUCCUAGCCGCCUACCCCGACGAGCUCAUCCCACUCCAGACGACCCACUCGCCCGAGUACCUCAGACUGCAAACCUCCGGCGUGUGGAACGACUCCAACUAUGGUGAGGGCGUAAUCAUCGGCGUCCUUGACACCGGGAUUAAUCCGGACCACCCCUCCUUCGGUUGCGAUUUGCCGCCUCCUCCCUCUACCUGGAAGGGGCAGUGCGAGUUCGGACCAAACAGAUGUAGUACCAAGAUCAUCGGUGCGAGAGGCUUCACCCUGGGACUGAGAGCGAUGCAUGCCGAUGGACUCGCCGGCGAAAUUUCUCUGGGGACGGCACCGUUCGACACCGAGGGACACGGCACACACGUCGCGAGCACCGCUGCGGGGUGCUUUGUCGACGCCGCCGCGUCGUACGGGCAGGCUCAGGGCACAGCGGUCGGCGUGGCUCCCAGGGCCUACAUCUCCGUCUAUAAGGUGUGCGGCUCCAAUGGCUGUCCAAGUAGCGAUAUCCUGGCGGGUCUCGACACCGCCAUCAGCGAUGGGAUCCACGUGGCGUCGCUGUCUCUUGGUGGCCCAUCCAGCAGCUUCGACGCUAAUCCCGUUGCCAUCGGCGGCUUCAAGGCGGUGGAGAAGGGCAUCUUCGUCAGCUGCGCCGCGGGAAACAAUGGGCCGUCCGCGCGCACCCUCUCCAACGAGGCGCCUUGGCUGCUGACGGUCGGCGCGACGACCAUGGACAGGAGCAUCCGCGCGACGGUUAGGCUCGGAAAUGGGCUCGAGUUCGACGGGGAGUCUCUGUACCAGCCAUCCUCCCCCUCAACUCAGCGACCUCUAGUCGCUGGGGGAUCAUGUUUGAGGUUGGUCAACAUCCAAGGAAAGGUGGUGUUAUGUGAUGUCACCCUGAACGUGAGGCGCACCGACCAAGGUGUCAGCGUGCGGAACGCCGGCGGUGCAGCCAUGAUCCUGGCGAACACCGCGAGAGAGGGGAACACCACCCUUGCGGAGCCCCACGUCCUUCCGGUGUCCCACGUCAGCUCUCACGUCGGAUUGGCGAUAAAACAGUACAUAACGUCUGGCAGCAAUCCGACGGCUACCAUCGUCUUCAAGGGCACCGUCACCGGAGGGCAGUUCACUCCGGCGGUGGCGUACUUCUCCUCGAGGGGGCCCAGCAUCUCCAGCCCGGGAAUAUUGAAGCCCGACAUCGUCGCCCCAGGUGUCAACAUCCUGGCGGCGUGGCCUACACCGGUGGGAACCCCCGACGCUCAGUCGUCUUUCUUCGUAAUCUCCGGUACCUCCAUGGCCACACCCCACGUAAGCGGCGUGGCAGCGCUGGCUAAGGCUGCUCAUCCAACCUGGUCGCCGGGGGCGAUCAAGUCGUCGCUGAUGACCUCGGCGAGCCAAGUAGGCAACGCUGGGAAACGGAUCGAGGACCACGUGGGGAAUCCGGCAUCCCGCUUUGACAUAGGUGCCGGCGAGGUAGACGCUAGGGGGGCCGUUGACGCCGGCCUGGUCUACGAAGUCAGCUCAAGCGACUACAUCGCUUAUCUGUGCGGCCUCGGAUAUACGAAUCGGCAGAUCCGCAUCAUCGCUGGCCGCGCCGUGAACUGCUCGUCGGUGAUUUCUAUCAAGGAGGACGAGCUGAACUAUCCCAACUUCCGGAUCUUCCUGAACGAUGGAAACAACUUCAGACGAGAGGUGACCCGCACGCUGACCAACUUGGGGCCUCGGGGGACGACCUGCAUAGCCCUGAAUCCGGAAUUAGGCCCGGUGUCGGCGACCGUCCGACCGGCCACUCUCACAUUCUCCUCCGGGGAGAAGAAGCAGUACACGGUGACCUUCGCGAGGAGCGGCUCCGGGACGGGGUUCACCGUCAGCGGCCUGCUGGGUUGGUCUUGCAAUGGCGUAAGCGUUCGUAAUGCGGCUGUGGUGACCUACUAA